AUGAGCGAGAUCAAGAGACGCACGCGCACUGGCUGCCUCACGUGUCGGGCCCGCCGCGUCAAGUGCGACGAGCGCAAGCCGGCCUGUAACCGCUGCGCCAUCGCCAACGUCGAAUGUGCGGGUUACGCGCCCAGGAGGCACAUCGAGGUGCGGGCGCCGAGCCUUCGUGGCGCGUCCCACUCGCAGCAGAACUCGCCGGCCGACGACCAUGACGGCACCGGCGACGACGGCCCGUCCGGCAUACCCGCCCAUCCCGCUCUGCCCCGGCCGCAGUUCCGUGUCGACGGCUUGCCGUUGAUUGGUCUGCCCAGCAACCCUCGCAUGUCGCUUCGUCCCUGUGCCGCCGCCAGGGAAGUGCUCUCGUAUCACCAGUUCUUCUUCCGGACAGUAGUCAUGCUGUUCCCGGCUGACCGGUUGCCGUUCUGGAGAGACCGCCUAUGUGAGGAGGCCUUGAUCAUCGAGUAUGCCCAGCGCGGAAUCCUGGCGCUGGGGUGCAUGCACCGUGCUUCCCUCAUGACUGCCAUGCUUGGGGAGAACGACCAGAACCGCGGGCUGGACACCAAAGUGAUUGCCGUUCAGGGUUACACAAGGGCGUUGCAGGAGCUCUCAGGCUGUCUCGAUGAAGCCGAGAAGUCUCUCGACAUUUUGACGGCCGUGUUGGUGUUCAUGGCCUACUUUGAGUGCUUUGCAGGCAACAUCCCGGCUGCUUAUGGCCAUGUCCGCACAGCUCACUACUACUUCACAGCUCUGAGGUCUAAUACCUCACUUCGUGUUGAUGAUCUUGCGCUGGAGUCUCUAGAAACUACACUGCAGACUCUUGCGUGGACCUGCUACAUGGCGGUGCCGCUUCCUAAUAUGCUCCUCUCUAUUGGCCAUACGAUGCCUACCAGCCAUAUUGCAUCAAACGCCUUCGACCUGCAACGCAGCCUGCUUCAGCUUCUUGCUGACUCUGGGGCACACGAUGAGAUGUGGAAUCUCACACCAACUCGACAGGAUCCCGCUGUGCUGCUGGAAAAGGUCUACCGACUGCAGCGUGAUUUGCGAGAGUGGAGAGACGUCCAUGGCCAUCUCCAUCCGAGCCUUGAACUGGACACGGCAUCCCUGGCCAGCCUCGGCAGCUCAGAAGAGUCUCAUUUUCCCAUCCCUCCGUCUCCCUUCUUGCCACUGCCACUGCACCUAUGUCUCUCUGGGGCAAUGUUCAACUUCCUCACGGCUCGCAUCUUGUGGACGCUCUGCCUUUAUGAUAAGAGCCAAGAUGUCAAAAAGUUGGAAUCCGAAGCCUACAUACACUUUUACCAGACUAUACGUUUUGCAGCCACUCAUGCUAUGAACACUCACUCACGGACUCUCCCCACUGCCGUAUACUCUACAGAUGUUCCUGUUUCCGGCGAGGAGAUGGAUCACAGCUUCUUACCCAUCCUAUAUAUCGCUGGCCAGUGCAGCCCUUGGCCAUCAUGGCUCCGCUGGAUCGCGCAGCUGAUGCAGCAGACUGGAGAACAGGGGCUAUUCAACGGCUACGUUCUCUCUGCCAGCCUCAAAGUCCUGCAUAAGAUGGAGCUCAGCCACAACCUACUCUCGACAGACAGGAUCGAGCGAUAUCCCAGCCCAGCGCUGCGGAUUAUCUCCAUGCUGAUACCGGAGACGAGCGCCCAAGGCUUCAUGUGCUACUAUGCCAAGCCCUCUCGAUUCAACAGCGGCUGGAUCAAUCGAGAGACUCUAACUUAUUAUCCCAUUGCUCAGGCGCGCUUCUCUCCCGAGCUUGACGACAAUAGUGCGGCUAAGCGGGAGAUUGACAUUUACGAUGAGCAGCGAUCUAUGGAAGAGCAGUUUACAUGGGAGUGGAUUACGAAUCGUCCAAUUGCGAGCAGUUGGAAAAGUCGCUCUUCGCAGGCGAGGUUUAACUUUGACGACAUUCUUCGUGAUCAUAUGAAUGGAAGCCGGUUAUUACCGAUUCACCAACGGACACCUGGCGGGAGUGAAGUUGGAUAUCAAUGA